AUGCCGCCACCUGCAGUGCGCAGAGUGAACGACAGAGCCAGCAGGUCUACCUGUGAAGAAGAUGGGAGGCAUGAUGGGAGGACGAUAAGUGUCAUCAAUGUCCAAGCCAGACAGGUUCACAACCAUGUUAGCAGCAUCUGCAGCACAUGGGGCAGAGAACACUUCAAGACGUUUGACGGAGAUGUGUUCCAGUUCCCUGGUAUGUGUGAGUACAACCUGGCCUCCGACUGCCACGAGUUCUACCAGGAGUUCUCCGUGCACAUGAAGAGGACAGUCAAAGAUGGAAACCCUACAGUCAGUCACGUGGUGGUCACCAUCAAUGACUUUUUGUUCUUCCUCAGCAAUGACAAGGUCACUGUGAAUGACAUCCCUGUGAAAUUGCCAUACUACAAUGCAGGGGUACAAGUGGAAAGAAAUGCUGUCAACAUCAAGCUCCAAUCUAAAGUCGGCCUCACAGUCAUGUGGAACGGUGACGAUGCAGUCAUGGUGGAACUGGAUACUGAUUAUGCAAAUCGUACUUGUGGACUUUGUGGAGACUUCAAUGGUGUUCCUGUCCACAAUGAGUUAAUUCAUAAUGGCCGCAAAAUCAGCCCCAUUGAGUUUGGCAACAAACAGAAAGUCCAUCGUCCAAAUGAUGUUUGUGAGGAUCCGAAUGAAGAAGAAGAAGAAGAGUCACUGGAGGCUGUGCUGGAAUCAUGCAAGGAGUUUCAAACCACCUGUACCCAGUUGCUGCGUUCAGAGCCUUGGAGCUCCUGCACCAACCUGAUUAACCCUGAACCUUACAUCCGGGCAUGUGUGCAGGACAUGUGUGGCUGUGCCAACAAUACAAAUCACUUCUGUGUCUGCAGCACGCUGUCUGAGUUCUCUCGACAGUGUUCCCAUGCAGGAGGGCAGCCUCCCAACUGGAGGACACCUCAGUUCUGUGCUAAAAAGUGCCCCUUCAACAUGGUUUAUGAGGAGAGCGGUUCCCCUUGCAUGGACACAUGCACACUUCUAGACACAAGUUCUCUGUGUGAGGAUCACAAGAUUGACGGCUGCUACUGUCCUCCUGGAACUGUGUUUGAUGAUAUUUCCAUGAGAGGGUGUGUUGCUCAAUCUGAAUGUCAGUGCAAACACAACAAAAUCUUUAACUCCGGUGAGGUUUACCGACAGGACACAAAGGAAUGUACAUGUGUUGAGGGUAGAUGGGCUUGUACGAGCCUUCAAACCCCCUCUACCUGUGCACUUGAGGAGGGUUCACAUCUGACUACCUUUGAUGGGAAAACCUACACCUUCCAUGGAGACUGUUACUACACCCUAGCCAAAGAUCAUGCAAGUCCAAAGUUUACCAUCCUGGUUCAGUUGGUGCCGUGUGCAAAUCAGGAGUUUGACACUUGUCUGAAGAGCGUUAAAAUCCUGCUGAACAAUGACAGAAACAAUGUUUUAAUGUUCACUUCCGAUGGCACAGUAAAGCAGAACAUGCAGCCCAUCAGUUUACCAUACCACUCAGGUGACGUUAACAUAUUCCACGCCUCAUCCUUUCACAUCAUGCUCCAGACCAGCUUUGGGUUGCAAAUUCAGAUCCAGCAUGUGCCCGUCAUGCAAGUCUACGUCAGCCUUGAACAAAGCUACAGAGCAAAGACACGUGGUUUGUGCGGGAACUACAACAUGGUCCUGUCUGAUGACAUGAAGACUCCUCAGGGGAUUGUGGAAGGAACAUCAGCAACUUUUAGUAACUCCUGGAAGGCUAACUACAUGUGCAGAGACAGAGAGGAAAGACUUGAGGACCCUUGCUCUCUCAGUGUGGAAAAUGAGAGGUACGCUAAACACUGGUGUGCCUUGCUGCUGAGUCCAGACAGCAGCUUUGCACAGUGCCGUUCAGUGGUGGAUCCUGAGAUGUACUACAAGCGGUGUACUUAUGCUAGCUGCAACUGUGAGAAGAGUGAGGACUGCCUGUGUGCCGUCUUCUCCUCCUACGCUCGGGCCUGUGCAUCAAAGGGAGUGUUCUUGACAGACUGGAGAGAGAAUGUGUGCGAUAAAUACACAAGGAGCUGCCCGUCCUCUCAGAUCUUCUCUUACAAGCAUCAGAGAUGCCAGUUGACUUGCAGGUCACUGGGCACAAUGCAGCAAAGUUGCACUUCUGACUUCUUGCCUGUGGAUGGCUGCUCCUGCUCCGAGGGUCUCUACCUAAAUGAAAACGGCAUCUGUGUCCCCAUGGAAAAAUGUCCCUGCUACCAUAACGAAGUCUACAUUAAGUCAGGAAAGUCCAUCAACAUCAAAGACGAGCACUGUGUGUGUACCAAUGGAAUUCUUCAUUGCCAUUCUUGGAGAGCCCGCUCAUCAACAUGCUCUGGUCCAAAACAGUUCUUCAACUGCUCCGCUGCGGCCACAGGAGAGAUGGGACUGCACUGUGCUCGAACUUGUUUAAAUCUGAACAGCGAUGAUUGUGCCUCCACAGAGUGUGAAUCUGGCUGCCGGUGUCCAGCUGGCCUCCUUGAAGAUGGUAAAGGUUCCUGUGUGAAAGAAAAGGAAUGUCCAUGUAAACACGAUGGGCGUACUUAUGCCCCUGGAUCACAAAUCUCUGAGCAGUGCAACUUAUGUACCUGCCAAAGUGGAAGCUGGGAGUGCACUGAGAAGAAAUGUCCAAAAACUUGCACUAUUUAUGGGAGUGGUCACUACAAUACAUUUGAUCAGCGAACAUAUGGGUUUCAAGGACAUUGUGCCUAUGUUGCUGUGAAGAACAAAUGUGGCAAUAAAACAGUGCUGCACAACUUUGGAGUCAUCACAGAAAAUGUACCAUGUGGAUCUACAGGCACCACUUGCUCCAAAACUAUCAGAAUCCAACUGGGGCGAAAAGAAAUUAAACUAUCAAAGGGUAAAUAUGAAGUGUCGAGCCUGGAACUGGGUGCUGAGAUUCAGUACACAAUAAGGAAGGUUGGCUUGUAUCUGGUGAUAGAGUCUGCCAUUGGUCUGUCAGUGUUGUGGGAUGGCAAAACAACUGUUCGCAUCAUCCUGGAACCACAGCACAGCGGUGAGCUAUGUGGCCUGUGUGGAGAUUUUGAUGGUGAUGGACAGAACGACUUCACCACCCAGGGUCAGCUGGUAGUAAGCAAUCCGAUAGAAUUUGCUAACAGUUGGAAAGUGUCAAACCAGUGCCCAGAUGUGGAUGUGAAAGCUGACCCUUGUGGAGCAAGACCCAAUCGACAUCCCUGGUCAAAAAUGAUGUGCAGCAUUAUAACUGGAAAUACGUUCAAAGAAUGCCACACAAAGGUAGAUCCCCUUCCAUUUUAUGACAACUGUGUGAAAGACUCAUGUGCCUGCGACUCUGGAGGAGACUGUGAAUGUUUCUGCUCAGCAGUUGCAGCUUAUGCUCAAGCUUGUAAUGAUGCCUCUGUCUGUGUUGCAUGGAGAACUCCAGAAAUCUGUCCUGUCUUUUGUGAUUACUACAACAAACCAGGUGAAUGCAAAUGGCACUACAACCCUUGCCACAAACCUUGCUACAAGACCUGCUUGAGUCCAAAUGAAACGUGUAGCAAACCUUUACCCAACCUGGAAGGCUGUUACCCUGUAUGCCCAGAAGAUAAGCCCAUAUUUGAUGAGGAUACCGGGAUGUGUGUGGAGGAAUGUCAAGGUUGCUUUUUCAACAACACUAGAUACGAGGAAAAUGACGUUAUUUUCAAUACACCAUCUACAACAACACCAACUGAACCUACAACAACAACAACAACUGAAGAACCAACCACAACCCCACCAACUGAACCUCCAACAACAACAACUGAAGAGCCAACCACAACCACACAAUCUACAACCCCAGCAACUCAAUCUACUACACCGUGUAUUCCAACUUGUGAGUGGUCAGAGUGGUAUGAUAUCAGAGUAUGUUGUGAGAUAUGUACACCUGUAAACUCAUCAACUACACCUCCCGCUACAACCCCACCAACUAAACCUACUAUAACAACAACAACAACAACAACAACAACUAAAGAGCCAACCGAAACUACACAAUCUACAACCACACCAACUGAACCUCCUACAACAACAACUAAGGAGCCAACCACAACUACACAAUCUACAACCACACCAACUGUACCUACUACAACAACAACUAAAGAGCCAACCACAACUACACAAUCUACAACCACACCAACUGAACCUCCUACAACAACACCAACUAAAGAGCCAACCACAACUACACCAUCUACAACCACACCAACUGUACCUACUGCCACAACAACUAAAGAAACUAUUGGCACAACUACACUUGGAACAACACCAACUGAACCUACAACAACAACAACAGAAGAACCAACCACAACCCCACCAACUGAACCUCCUACAACAACAACUAAAGAGCCAACCAGUGAACCAACCACAAUCCCACCAACUGAACCUCCUACAACAACAACAACAACAACAACUAAAGAGCCAACCACAACAACCCCACCAACUGAACCAACUACAACAACAACUGAAGAGCCAACCACAACUACACAAUCUACAACAGAACCUCCUACAACAACAACAACAACAACAACAACAACUGAAGAACCAACCACAACCCCACCAACUGAACCUCCUACCACAACAACUAAAGAGCGAACCACAACUAUUGCCACAACUACACCUGAAGAGCCAACCACAACUACACAAUCUACAACAACAACUGAAGAACCAACCACAACCCCACCAACUGAACCUCCUACAAAACCAACCACAACCCCACCAACAACUGAAGAGCCAACCACAACUACACAAUCUACAACAACAACUGAAGAGCCCACCAUAACUACACAAGCUACAACCCCAGCAACUGGAACUACUACUGAAACAUUGGUCACUGGUCCCACAUUAGCACCAUCAGUGCCUUCAACAACUGAGCUGGUUGUUCCUACAACUACAGAAUGCAUCUGUGUCUUUAAUGGCACACAUUAUAGGCCAGGGGCUGUAAUAUUCGACAUGCAACAUAUUGGAGCCGGUAUGUGUCUCACAAUGAUAUGUUCUAAUAUUUGUGAGUUUCAAAACACAUCUGUACUUUGCUCGACCACGACCGUGCCUACAGUCACACCCCCACCUCCUAUACCUACCUGCCCUGAGUGGAAUGUGACCCAAAAUGAGACCUUCUUCAUAUGCAACUGCACUAUGGCUAAAUGCAUUGAGAACAAUACAAUUGAAAUUGUUUCAUAUAACUGUCCACCCCUGGAGAAUAUCACUUGUUCCAAUGGAAAGGAACCAGUUAUUGUAACUGAUGACGUCACCUGCUGCAGGCAUUACGUUUGUGACUGUGUAUGUGAAGGCUGGGGAGAUCCUCAUUACAUCACAUUUGAUGGGUUAUUCUACAGUUAUCAAGGAAACUGUACUUAUGUCUUGAUGGAAGAGAAAGUACCAAAUCAUAAAUUGAACAUUUAUAUUGACAAUGUCUUAUGUGAUCCCACUGAAGAUGUUUCUUGUCCGCGAUCAAUAAUUAUAUCAUACAAAUCCAAAGUUGUCACACUCAUAAAUCAUAACCUUCUUGGAGAAGCGCAGUUGGAGGCUGUGAUAAAUGGAGCACGUCUGAAACUACCUUAUUCACAACAUGGUAUUAAGAUCGUGGAGACUGGCAUUAACUUGAUAUUGGAGAUCCGUCUCCUAGAGGUGGUCAUUACAUUUGGAAUAACUGGCUUUAGUGUCACCCUUCCAUAUAAAAAAUUUGGUAGUAACACACAGGGCCAUUGUGGGACAUGCAAUAACAACCAGGCUGAUGACUGCAUGUUGCCUGGAGGUCAGCUGGUGCCAAAUUGUGCCGUGAUGGCCGACCAUUGGCUUGCAAAACACAUUUACCAACCCAACUGCAAUAUACCAUCUGUAGUGCCCACAAAUAAACCUGAACCUCCACCAACUUCAACUCCAUGCAAGCCAGACUCCAUAUGUCACCUGCUUAAGAGCAGACUCUUUGCAGCGUGCCAUCCGUUUGUCUCUCCUGAAAACUUCUACCAAGGUUGUGUUUAUGAUAGCUGCCAUGUUUCCAACCCAGUAGUGGAGUGCACAAGUUUGCAGACUUAUGCUGCUGCCUGUGCUCAGGCUGGGGUUUGUCUGCACUGGAGGAACCACACCACCCUGUGUGCAAGCAACUGCCCGUCAAACAAAGUUUACAAGCCAUGUGGUCCUGCAGAACAGCCAACCUGUGAAGACAAGUCUAAUGAACCAACCAUGAACUACACUACUGAGGGCUGCUUUUGUCCUGAUGGAAUGAAACUCUUCAACAAAGACUCUGCCAUAUGUGUUGAAAAGUGUGGAUGUCUUGAUCCUGAGGGCAAUCCUCGUGAGUUUAAUGAGAAGUUUGAGUACAAAUGCCAAAACUGCAUCUGUGAUGAGUCCACCAAGACUGUGAUUUGCAAGCCUAAAGUGUGCUCAACACCACCUGUAACAAACUGCACUGGUCCAGGGCUGGUCCUCGUCAGCCAAACUGAUCCGUCAGACAGCUGCUGUUCUAUCUUUGUUUGCCAAUGUCACAUCAACACUUGCCCAGCCAUAGACAUGAACUGUCCGGUAGGAUAUUUGCCAGUUGUCGGUGUUCCUGAAGGAAAAUGUUGUCCAAAGCGUAAAUGUGAGGCUAAAAGGGUUUGUGUCUACAAAGGCUCUGAAUACCAGCAUGGCUCUGCAGUUCCUGCGCCUCCAUGUCAGGAAUGUGUCUGUAUCAAUGAGGUGGACCCCUUUUCUGGUCUCUUGAAGAUACAAUGUGAAUUUCAGAAAUGUGAUAAAAACUGUGACUUGGGAUAUAAAUUUGUGGAAGCUAAUUCAGAUGAAUGCUGUGGGAAAUGUGUACAGACACACUGUGUCGUCCAUCUUAAUGAUACCAAGGAGCUCUUGCAGCCAGGAGAUACCUGGUCACCACCUGAGAAUAAGUGUCAAUAUUACACCUGUAUUAAUGUCGCUGACACUUUAACAACGUUCAGUUCACAAAUUGUGUGCCCGCCAUUCCAGCAGAACAACUGCCAACCUGGAACAGUUCAGACUGCAGCAAAUGGCUGUUGUACACUUUGUGUGGAGAGGGAGAAGGCCUGCAAGACAGUAGCCAUGAAAACACUUGUUUCACACAAGGGCUGUCAGGCUUACCAGGAGGUAGAUAUGCCAUAUUGUGAAGGAUCCUGCAACACUUUCACCAUGUACUCUAAAGAAGCAGCCGCUAUGCAGCAUUCCUGCUCCUGCUGUAGGGAGACCCGCUCCAGCAAUCGCACUGUUGACUUGCACUGCCUGAACGGAGAUGUGGUUCCCUACUCAUACAUUCAUGUGGAAGAGUGUGGCUGUGGCCACACAGAGUGCACCAGACCUGCUUCACAACAUGCUCGCAGGAGGCGAAGCUUCACACUGGUGUAAUAAAAACAUCUGUCAUCACAUUAAUGGAUGUGGGAUGUAAAAGUUUCUUCCCAUAUUGUCUUAACAAUCAUUUAAU